GACGGCUGGACGCUGAUUGGUUGAAUUCACGGGCUGUAGAGUCCCGCAAAGUGUCGAACUGAAGACCGAAGUGAAGAGGAAGUACUUUUUUUAAAAAUGGAAAUAUAGAAAAUGAUACUUUAACGUGGUACUGCCGAGCAGUUAGAGAAAGCCAUGCCCGCCCAACCCAACGUGAGGGAGCCAGAAGAGGAGAUGGAGGCAGAAGGAGAGUCCCAACUCCCGGAGGCCAACGGAGAGGUGGAGCAGCUGCGAGAGGAUGAAAGGGGAGAUGGGAGAGGAGAGGAGACCAUGGAGGACAGCGCGGAGGAGCGGGAUAGCGACUUGGACGAUAGUGAGGAAGAGGAGGAGGAAGAGGAGAGUUCAGAGAUGGAUGAUGAAGACUGCGAGCGGAGGAGAGGAGAAUGUCUAGAUGAGAUGCUGGAUCUGGAAAAACAAUUUCAGGAGCUGAAAGAGAAGUUGUUUCGGGAGCGACAGAACCAGGUGAAGGUGAAGCUGGACGAGGUGCUGACGGGGAAGGCCGGAGAAUACAAAGAACCACUGGUGGCACUACAGGAAAGCAUGCAGAUACGAACACAAGUGGCUGGAGUGUACAAAGAGCUGUGUCUACAGGUGAUCAAACACAAGUACGAGUGUGAACAACAAGGAGCAAAGCAGCACCUCGAGAGUGAGCGGGCGUUGCUGUUUGACGCCAUGAAGGCCGAACUGCUGGAGAAAAUCCGAAGACUGGAAGAGGACCGACAGAAUGUGGACCUCACCUCAGAGUGGAGUGAUGAGCUGAAGGGCAAGCAGUGUAACAGAAAGCACCUGCUGGGUGCGUCAGAGAGGAAGAAGAAAGUAGCUCUGGUUUCAGGGCCUUUCAUCGUCUACAUGUUGAGAGAAAUCGACAUCCUCGAAGACUGGACCGCUAUCAAGAAGGCUAAAGUAGCCCUGUCGCCAUCGAAGAAGAAAGUUGAAAAACGGUGAUAACAGGAGCCUCUCACUGAAGACGACCAGGACCAAAAACCAUUCCCAGCGUUUUCCACUUUGCAUCCAGUUCGUCUCCUCCAGAACCCGAAGACGGUGUUAUUUUCCACGCAUUCGACCUCAGCAGCUGCCCCCCCCCACCCUGACUGCUUGUUUGUUUUAUAUUGCUAUUUAAUAGGUUCUUAAUGAUGUGACAACCAUGUAUUUAUAGAAUGAUUUAUAACAGUAAUUAAAUUGUAAUCUUGUUUUUGUGACGAG